AUGCUGGACGCUUUCGAAAUCGUCACCACCUCCGGCGUGGUGCUGUGGUCCCGGUCGUAUGCCCCAGUGGGCUCGCAUAUCAUCAACAGUCUUAUCAGUGAGGUUUUCAUUGAGGAGAAGGUCGUUCCUACAGAUGGUGCUUCGACAGCAUUCAAGAAGGAAAAAUACACUUUGAAAUGGAGGAGAGCAAAGGAUUUGGGCUUGAUAUUUGUGGCCGUCUACCAGUCGCUCCUUCAUCUCAGUUGGGUAGAUAAACUAUUGGACAACAUUGCAAUUAUCUUCGUGGAUCUAUACAAGGAUCAACUCAAAAGCUCGAGAGCGAGGAUAUACGAGUAUCCAUUUGAUAAAUAUUUCGACCAACAAGUUCGAGAAUUGGAGGAUACCACCGGCCCUUCCAUCGACGAGUAUACCGGUUCAUACGACGACGGCAAGAAGAAUCCGCUAGUUGCAUCGGAUAAUGGCGGCCCUCCUCCGCCAUCAGACCCUUCACUUCUCACAGCGCAGCAACAGGCUGCGCACCCCGCGGCGGCGACUUCCUACGAUAGCUCGCCAGUCGCUACACCGCAAUCCUCCAGACCCGGGACUCCCUCUACGAACCACCUCCUGACGGCAAAAUCCGGCCCAGCUGGUCGAGUAUCACGACGCGCGCGUAAAGCUGCAAAUGCCAGUGCGAACGUUUCUUCGGGCGAUGAAAGUGCCCGAAAGGGAAAGUCUGGGAAAGAAAAGAAGGCGCGAGUUUGGACCGCAGAAGGUCUCGCGGAUGAGGAUGAUGGUGUCAAUCUGGACUACUCGGCCGCUGCAGCGGAUGAACCAACCCCGGCACCUGUAGUGGAAGCGGUGGCUCAGGAUACAUGGGGUCGAAAGACUGCCAAAGGACAAUUCGUGCUGAAAGAUCUCGGCGAUGAGGUACACUCGAUUUUGGAAAAAGCGGACUCCGAGAAAGCGAAGUCAGGCGGCAGUAGCGGCAUCGUCGGAUCCAGCUUCGGCGCCAUUGGAGGGCUUUUCCGCAACAUUGUGGGUGGAAAGACUUUGACGGAAGAGGAUCUCGAGAAACCCCUCAAGGCAAUGGAGGAUCAUCUUAUGAAGAAGAACGUUGCCCGUGAAGCUGCUCUCAGAUUGUGUGAGGGUGUUAAACAAGAACUUGUCGGAAAGAAGACAGCAAACUUCCAGAGCGUCGAUGCCGCUCUACGAACUGCCAUGGAAGCUUCCUUACGGAAGAUCCUCACUCCAACAUCAUCUUUGGAUCUGUUGCAUGAGAUCCAAGCCGUCACAGCACCAAUUGCGAAGGGGCAAGCCCCUCGUCCUUAUGUUAUUUCUAUCGUCGGUGUGAACGGAGUUGGCAAGUCCACGAACUUGAGCAAGAUUUGCUUUUUCUUGUUACAAAAUAACUACCGCGUACUAGUUGCUGCUUGUGAUACCUUUCGAUCUGGUGCUGUCGAACAGUUGCGUGUCCACGUAAGAAAUUUGACUGAACUCAGUGCUCGAGAGAACAUUGGCGAGGUCGAACUUUACGAGAAGGGCUACGGCAAGGAUGCAGCCAAUGUUGCCAAAGAUGCUGUUGCUUACGGAGCUGCAAAUAAGUUUGACGUCGUAUUAAUCGAUACCGCCGGUCGUCGUCACAAUGACCAACGUCUCAUGUCCUCUUUGGAGAAGUUUGCAAAGUUCGCCAACCCGGACAAGAUAUUUAUGGUUGGUGAAGCACUAGUCGGUACGGACAGUGUGAUGCAAGCACGUAACUUCAACCAAGCAUUCGGAUCAGGACGCAAUCUGGAUGGUUUUAUCAUUAGUAAAUGUGACACUGUCGGCGACAUGGUGGGAACACUUGUAAGCAUGGUGCAUGCUACGAGUAUUCCAAUUGUAUUUUUGGGUGUUGGUCAGCAUUAUGGUGAUUUGCGUGGUUUGAGUGUACCCUGGGCCGUUGGACUUUUGAUGAAGUGA